AUGACACUAUUUUACUCAACAUCAACUUGUGACAUAGCAAUGAAACUCUUACACUCAGCACCAACAGGUGGCAUAGCCAUGACACUCAAUGGAAUGACACCAUUAAUGUGGGCCGCUGUGGGAGGACACCUGGAGGUGGUGAUGUACCUGGUCACUCACGGCAGCCAGCUAGAGGCCAAAGACUGGUUGAUAGGAAAGACACCAUUAAUGACGGCGGCUGUGUGGGGACACCUGGAGGUGGUGAUGUACCUUAUUACUCAGGGCAGUCAGUUAGACGCUACAUCCAGGGUUGGAUACACAGCUUUACAUUAUGCUGCUAGGAAUAGAUGGAUUGAUGUAACAAAAUGGUUAAUAGAUCAAGGAUGCAGUCCUUGGAUGAAAACAAAACAGGGUGAGACUCCUUGUGAUGUGGUAACAAUGGAAAGAUGUGAUGAUUCUGAAGAGAAAAAGAAAAAGAAAGAAGUGAUGGACUUCCUUAAGACUGUCAUGUUAAAGACUCCAGAAGGAAGUUAUAACGCCAUGGAUGUUGUUUACAAUAAGGUUUUAAUGACUUCAAGAGACGAAAAGGAGACAAAUUCAAGUGAAAAGUUAGACCAACAUCAAGCAUCAGAUAUUAGUCCUGCUGGAAGUAAAUACGAUGACAUGGGUAAUCCAGGUGUCCUACAGCAAUCACAAGCUAUGGCAUUGCCUCUGCCAUCAAACACAUCAGAUACUAUCUCUAACCAACCCCCAUCAGCCAUACCUUUAUCACCAGAGACGUCCUCCAUUGUGCCUCUAUCACGACAGCAGUUGAAACAGAAAAUGAAAGCAAAGAUGACUAUAGAUGAAAUCAGAAGAAAAAUGGAAAAAGUCCUAAAGAGUGGAAAGUACAAGAUGAAAGUUGGAAGACUCAUCUUCUGGGAUUUUGGUGGACAGUAUGUUUAUUAUACAACACACCAGACCUUCAUGACCUAUAGAGCUUUGUUUCUUGUUGUUUUUGAUGGAAGCAAAGGAUUACAUGAGCAGGUGCCUGAUGUCUUGUGUUUUCCAGGGCAGCAUAUGACUCCAACCCCAGCAGUAUUUUUACAACACUGGGUAAACUGUAUCCUUACCUAUUGUAAGGUUGUAUAUACAGGUAUUCCAAAGAUUUUGUUUGUUGCUACUCAUAAAGACAAAGUACCAAAGGAAGAUAUUGAAACACGGCGUGCCGAGUUAUAUAGUGGAGUAGAAGAGUUAUUUAAAGACCAUGAAGGACGAGGACAUCUGGUCAUCGAUAACCAAAUAUUUGUCAAUGCCACAGACAAAACAGAUCCGGAGAUCGAUGUUCUUAAGAAAGCAAUCACAGAUCUUACCUUUCAACAUCCAUGUUGGGGAGAGUCAAUGCCCAAUGCCUCUGUUCCUCUUGAACUUGAGAUUGCUAAUUUGGUAGUAAAGGGGAAACAAGUAUUGUCAUUGAGAGAAGUAGAAGAAUUGAAUUCCAUUAGCAAGGUGUCCGUCUUAUCAAAUGAAGAGCUGAGAGAUUUUCUACAAUUUCACCACUCACUGGGGAAAUUAGUCUAUUUUGAUACCCCACAGUUGAAAGGUUAUGUGAUCAUCAGUCCGCUGCUUCUAGUCGAAGUGAUGAGAUCCUUUGUUACAGAUAUUGCCUUCUGGCCAAAGAAAGGCCUUAUUAGAAAUACUUUCGAAAAGAUGUCAGGAAGUGGAAUAAUACAAAGAAAAGAUCUGUAUCUUAUUUGGGAACAAAAGCAUUUCAAUAAGAUAUCACCCUACAAAGAGUUCAUAUUUGAUAUGCUUAUCCACCUUGAUAUUCUAUCAGAGCAGCGUAGAUAUGAUACUAAUACGGGAAGUCGGUUACCAGUGGAAAACUUCUUUGUUCCCUGUAUGCUCACUCAAAGAAAUGACACAAGAUUCAUGACCCAUGAAUGCACACCAGAGAAAGCCAUCAGUCUAGCUUUUGUUUUCAAAGGGACAAUCAUACCACCAGCCUUACCGAAUCGUCUCAUUAGCGCAUGUCUCAGUAUGUGGACUGUGAAGACUUAUGAAGGAAAACAACUCUUGUUUUCAGGGUUCAUUGGAUUAUCAUUCGAUAAAGCACAUACUAUUGUUGUCUGUGUUGAAGGCAACAAGAUAUUUCUCUACAUAGUCCAUGACACCUCCAAUGGACUGAUAGUACCAGAUAUAGCCACUGGUAUCAAGGAAUGUAUGUUUACAACAUUAGAGAGAAUAUCAGAGUUCUAUAAGUCCACAGUCCAGGCCACAUCUAUCAGCCAAAAACUACCCUUCCACAUUGAAUAUGCAUGCUCCAGGUUAGAAUGCCAUAUCCCAGAAGAGGCAGCAUUCACUACUGAUGAAUGGAUCUGUCAUAAACAUACGAUUGUACAUACUAAAGACAAGUGGAAUAUUUGGAAUCAAGAUCAGGAAAAAGAACAAUGUGAAGAGGACUGUCCAGGUUUACAUGAAGAUGCAUUGAUCCAGAUUCCAAGUGAUAUUGAACUACAGAGAUUUUCAUCGAGAUUUGACGAAACCACAAUACGAGAAUUGGCCAUACAUCUUGGAAUGGCUUUACAAGAAUGGGAUGAUCUUAAAAGUAAUAAUCCUAGAUGUGUUCAGAUUGUCAAGUAUAGGAUACUGGUCAACUGGAGAGAAAAUUGUUCAGGAACUUUCAAGAAUAUGUGGAAUGCUUUAACAAAGAUGGAAUUAACUACUCAUAUGCUCUGCCAAGUUAAAAGAACCAGAAAUAGACAGUGUGAUUUCAAUGAUGAGUACUUGGAUUUAAUUCCAACAGAUGAAAUAUUAGAUAAGCUGGCACAAGUAAUUGGUGAAGUAUCCUUCCCACUUGGGAUAGAAUUAGGAUUACCUGUAACAUCAUUAGAUAUAAUCCAGUACAAAAAUGGAUUAAAUUUAGUGGCAGAAUGUAAGGAAAUAUUAUUCCAAUGGAGGGAAGAUCAGAAAGUGAAGCCCACUAUAAGUGUUUUGGUUCAAGCCUUGGUAAAUGUAGGGAGAGGUGCUAGAUGUUUGGAGGAAAUCAUUAAAACAGUUGGAGUAAAGGAAUAUAUUCCACUUGAGGAAGUUGAAGAGGAGAAACAAGGAAAAUUUAAAACAUUUCUGCAAAAACUAAAUCCUUUUCAAUAGCAGAAACAGUACAAAAACAUUCAGUUGGCAUGACUUUCAUUAUUCCCUUGUCUUGGUUUUAGUAUAAAAAAAUAUGGACCACCAUUUCAUUGACAUUGUUCUUUAUGUUGGCUCCACAUUCAACAGAUUCAAGAUAACUUAUCAUGGUUAAUUAGACUGUUCGAUUUAUACAGAAUAACACAACACAGUCAAAAUAAGUUUAUUAAAUUUUCAUUGGGUUCCACAUCAGUUAUUCAAAGCAUACAGUUAAUGAACAGUAUUAUGUUAUUAUGUCAGUCUUUGAUUAAAGUUUGAAGGUAAUCAAUGAAUUUGUCAAACGUGAAAUUUUGACAGAAGCAUUGUAAAGUGUUAAUAAUAAGAGUGAAAUUUUGAAAAAAAAAUCUAAAUUUAAUUUUUAUACGACCGCAAAAACUAUAAAAAAAUUUUGGUCGUAUAUAGGUAUGACGUUGGUGUCGUCGUUGUCGUCGUCUUUGUCGUCGUCGUCCUAAGACAUUUGGUUUUCGCACUCUAACUUAAGUAUAAGUAAAUAGAAAUCUUUGAAAUUUUAACACAAGGUUUAUGACCACAAAAGGAAUGUUGGGAUUGAUUUUGGGAGUU